AGAAACUAACACACCACUGUAAAGCAAUUAUACUCCAAUAAAGAUGUUUUUAAAAAAUCUUGGAUAUUUUGGUCAUAUCCAGUUUUACCUAUUAUGAAUAAUGGUGUUACACAUUUUUGUGAACAAAUUUGUGUGACAUAAGACUUCAUAUCUCUUGGAUAAGUAUGAACUCUUAGGUAAUUGCUUGGUCAUACGUAAAUGUGUAUUUAACUUUAAAGCUUUCAUGCUACAAGCCCAUUAACAAUGUAUUCAUGUUUGUCUAGGUCCACACCAAAACUUGAUAUUAACAGUUUUUUAAAUUUUAGACAUUAUAGUGGUAUGUAGUGGUAUCUCAUUAUAAUUAUAAUUUGUACGUCUUUGAUGGAGCAAUCUCUAAAUAUAUAUAAAUUAUAUAUACUUAAUAUAUAUGUUGUAUACAAUAUAUGUAAAUAUUUUAAUUAAUUUUUAUUGGAGUAUAGUUGAUUUACAAUGUUGUGUUAGUUUCUGCUGUACAGCAAAGUGAGUCUGUUAUACAUAUACAUAUAUCCACUCUUUUUUAGUUUCUGUUCCCAUCUAGGUCAUUACAGAGUACUGAAUAGAGUUCCCUGUGCUAUACAGUAGGUUCUUAUUAGUUAUCUAUUUUAUAUGUAAUAGUGUGUAUACAUAUAAAAAAUAUAAUUAGGCACUUAAAAAUAAAAGGAAGACAUGCAAAUAGCCAAUAGGCAUAUAUUCAUAGAUACAUAUACUUUACAUUUAUAUAUAUAACAUAUCCAUAAAUAUAUUUUUGCCAUUUUCUCCCAUUGGACUGUCUUUUUAUUUUUGAAGUGUAAAAAUUCUUUAAUCUGUAUAUAAGUUCUUUGCCAGAUAUUGAUAUUGCAAACAUUUUCCAAGUUUGUUGAUUUUCUUAAUUUUGAUUUUUAUUCAGCAGAAAUUUCCCUUUCCUCUGUGGUUGUCACUGCCUUGUCAGGGUUGGGUUCUGACCCCUAGUCGUUGGAGUAGAGGCCGUCAGAUCUGUUUCUUCGCUGUGUUUCUGAUCUGCGGUGUGAGGUCGGGAGGACUGGAGCACUCCCACUGGGAUAGAAGCCAUUGAGUAUUCCUCCUCUGGAGGUGUUCACCUGUGGGUAUGCUCUGUUUUGUCCCCUUUCGCCCAUUGUGUGGGCUUACAAAGUACACGGCUGUUGGUACUGCUCUCAGUCCCACCUUAACCAUGGUUAUGCCGGCAACUGGCCCUGGUGACUCAGGCAUCCUUUUCACCAGGCCACUGGCCCAGAUCCACUGAGGUCAGGUCCCAGGACUGCAGUAAUGAUGUACCUGGACCCACUAUGUGAGAUACGGCGGCAGCUCAGACUCUGGCCUGGCCAAACCCCAGCAUGUAUGUGCCCACAAAACCCACAGCUGCUAGAGCCAGACCUGUCUCAGCUGCAGGAGCACUUGUCCAUUGGGAUGUUCCCAGGUGCUGAAUUUAGGAAGCCAUCAGAGGAAGGGUAAUGCCAUGAUUUGCACAGCCAUGAGGAGAGAUUUCAGCUCUUCUUCCUUAGUUGCAUGUCCCCUGGAACUCAGCUGUGGUUUCAGCCCCAUCUCUGCAUGUGGGCCACCCACUGGCGUCUGCUCCCAAGGCUGCUGGAGCACACGAGCUUGUCAGGCAGGAGGAUGUAGAAGCGGCAAUCAGGGCAGGCAGGCUGCCCAGGUGAGAGGGUGCUGGGUGGCUAUGGGAUGUACGAGCCUGUCAGGCAGGAGGGAGUCAAGGUGGCAAGCUGGGCAAAUGGGCCACCCAAGCAGGAGAGUGCUGAGGUGAUGAUGGCUGGGGGCAUGUGAGCCACUCUGGCAGGAGCCCUUCCUAGUGCCUGUGGAGGCAGGGGCCGGUGUGUGAGGAGAGAGGCUGCAAUGGGGGCCCCACCCUUUGUGCAUCACUCAGCAGUGGCACUUUGCUUCUAUGCUGGUCUGGGCUUCCUCCAGGAGCAUUCCUUGUUGUGGAGCUCCUCGCUCCUAUCCCCUUGAGCUGUCUCCUCACAGCCAACAUCAUUCCCCUUCCUGGGUCUGCUCUUCAAACCCCACAUUCCAACACUCAGCCCCCGUGUGCACCAGUGGUCACCAGUGGCUGGGGCAUGCAGAGCUGUGGCCAGACCAUCUGUGUAGGCCUCACUCUCUCCUGCCUGCCACAGACUGGCUGCUGCACUGUUCUCUGAGCCACCAAAUUUCUCCUUCUGCCCCAGCUUCUCUCCCCGCUGCUUCCCCAGAUGCGGGAACCUCUUCUCACCUUCAGCUCCGCUCCCCCGCCCAGGGUCACAGGUCACAGUCCCACUUCAUCUGCUCUUCCUUUUCCCUUCUUCUUUCUUUCGUCCUACCUGGUUAUGUGGGGAUCUUUCUUGUCCUUUCAGGUGCCUGAGGUCCUCUGCUAGUGUUUAUCAGGCGCUCUGGGAGAAUUGUUCCAUUGUAGAUGUUUUCUUGAUGCAUUUGUGGGGAGAUAUGAACUCCACAUCUUCCUACUCCUCCAUCUUCUUGACUGACUAAUCAGCAGUUUGAGUUUUAAAAGGCCACUUUUCCCCCUCUUUUAACCUUGGUUUCAGGUUCUACCUAAUUUAGCUAAUUAGGCUCAGUCUCAGGUCAUUGUGGUCUGUAUUUACAUUUCUGAUUUGUACCGAUUUGCAAGACAAAGACAGUUGCUUUUAAUUCCCCAAAGAACUGGCCUGUCACCUAAAUAAUAUUGAAAGAUUGAUUUGCCCAACUACGUUUUCUUUAAUUUGCUUUUCUGUAUCAGUGAGAAGAUUUCCAACUAGACUGAAAUUUCAGAAUUCUAUAGUCUAGAACUUUAUGGUUUAUCAUACCUUCAAAACUUGCAUAAGGCAUUCAACAAAGACCCUCUUUCUGAGUGCACAGAUUAGACCCAGAGUAAAGUCUCCAUUCUUUAUUUUUAUUAUCCCUUAAAUAUUAGCUGUCAGUUUUUACUUUAUAUUGUAUAGGCUCAGGUAAUCCCACUGGUUUCCUUUAGUAUGUUUAAUUAAUAUUUCCUUCAUAUGCCGUCUUAUAAUAUCAAGCAGGGGAAGAGUUCCCCAGUGAAACAUGUCUAUCCCACACAAUAUAAUUAGGCAAAAGAGAGGUAAUUAUCUUAUACAAUGCCCAUUUAAACAUACCAAUUUUUUUUUUUCUUUUUUUUUUGCGGUACGCGGGCCUCUCACUGUUGCGGCCUCUCCCGUUGCGGAGCACAGGCUCCGGACGCGCAGGCCCAGCGGCCAUGGCUCACGGGCCCAGCCGCUCCGCGGCAUAUGGGAUCCUCCCAGACCGGGGCACGAACCCGCAUCCCCUGCAUCGGCAGGCGGACUCUCAACCACUGCGCCACCAGGGAGGCCCUAAACAUACCAAUUUUUAUAAAGACUCUGGGGUCCCCAGAGAGUGGUUGAGCCAAGGGACUCAGGCACUUUUGUCAAUCUUUUAACUUGAUUAAUUGUUCCAACUUUUGCCCCAAGUAAUUGUUGGUCAGGUAUCUCAGUGUAAUUUUACGUGUAUAAAAUUUAUAUGUAAUAAAAUAUACGUAUUUUAAACUGGGGUAAAUAGGGCAGACUUGUUUGGGUCUGGCCCUUUAAUGUUGAUGACAAGUAGGAGAUCCCUUUGGCCCAUCCAAUCUUAGGUAGUAUUGUAUCCAAUCUUUGAUUUAUCUCAUUAAUGUCUGUUUUAUUUAUCCCACUUUAAAAUAACCAUCUAAAGAUUUCUUAUUCAUUUAGGAGAAGUCCCUUUAAAAUUUUCACCUUGUUGGGAAAAAGUUUUUAGACUUUUCCUUCAGUUUUUUUCCCUGUUACUUAACCUAAUUAACAAUAAUUAUUCUAAUGUUUUUAUUAGCAUCUGUAAGACCCAUUUAGGGGAAGCAGAGACCACAAAUAAGGUUUCCCAAACCAAUUUUUUGGGUUUGUUUGAAACUAAAGGAGUUUUUAGGUUAACCAUUAUAUGUCUAAUUUCCCACAUUUCCCCCCCAUAGGAGCCAAUGAAACAGCUGUUUAUAAUGAGAGCUCUCUAAAAAUUUACCAAUUUAGAAGUUUCUCCAAUUUGAAGGAUCCAUGAUCUGCCCAUAAAUGAGGUAUACCUUAAUAGUGACUCAAACCAAUAAGACGCAAGAGGCUUCCCCACAAAAGAGUGUAAAGGAUGCUGUCUAAAUAAGAUCCAGAAAGUUUACUCCCAAAAGUAGUUUAAGAAAGUAAUGGUCUUUGUUGUACAGGCUGACACAAUGAAGGUUAGGAUGGCAAAAAGCCCCCGAGAGUUGUACAGUCAGACAAAAGCCUGCUCAGAAUCCCAGUCUAUUUGACUGGCUGCCAAAUGUACACCAUAUAAGUACUUUUGGAUGGUAGUGACCAAGUUCUCAAAACACACACACACACACACACACACACACACUGAAGAAUAUCAGAACACUUACAUUUCAAAGACACAGGAAGAGAAAUGCAAGUUUCCCCUAGAAAGCCUUUUGUUUUUUUGAAGUCAGAAUUCUGAAAAGAUGUUUUUAUCAAGCCAGCUUUUUCUAACUUAACUGCAUAUGCAAUAAAAGAGUCCUAUCUUAGUCAUUUUUAGGGCAAGAUUUUCUUUAAGUCCCAAGUAAGUAAGCACUUGUAAAUGUAAAUUUUGUAUGUACAUAAACCUGGCCAGGAUAUCCGUUGGAGGCUGGAAAUCUGUUGUUCCUUUUUCUUUUGUAUUGAAAGCUAAGUUCCCCAUUCUGAGUUCAAUUUGUGAAGAUCACUUUUAUUUUGACAAACUCUAUUAAAGUAGCCAAUUCAAGGAAGACAGGUUAGUCUUCCACCUAAUUACCCAGUCCAACUUUUACUCAGUGUCUUUCACCUGAGCAAAGUCUCCCCAGUCUUUCAACUGAGGAUAAACCACGCAGUGUCUAAACUGAGCAAGAUCUUCCCAGUGUCUUUUAAGUGAGGCUAACCCACUUGAGCAAAAGUCUUCCCAGUGUUUUUCUACUGAGGAUAAGCUCUCAGUGUUUAAACUGAGUAAAAAUCUUCCCAGUGUCUUUCACUGAGGAUGACCCAGGUACUUCUUCUUGAAACCAAGUUUCAAGGAUAACCUACUACUCAAGAGAAGAGUUUAACACCACUGAAUAAAACUUAGGAUCAUCAACCAAAACUGGAGAUCCAAGAACCAGGAGAUACUCACCCAAAUUCGUCUGGACACUCUGAGAAAGCGGACAGGCCCAAGAAGCCUCUGCUGGUGCCGGGACUCUGGAUCCUCAUAGAGUUCAGGCAAAGAAGAAAAGUCUGCUCUGGGCCCCUUCAUUGGUUGCCAAGACUGCUGACUGAAAAAUAUGCACAACCCAAAAGGAGAAUUAUGUUUUAUUUGGCAGAUUUUCUGAGGACUUAAGCCCAGAACACAGCCUGUCAGAUCACUCUGAGGAACUGCUCAGAAGACCUAAGGGAGGAGUCAACAAAAACCAGGUAGUCAGAACAUCAAAAGAUUACUAUUAAUUAAAGAAAACUAGACAUCUCAAGUUAAGGACUUUAGCACUUUUCUAUGUAUGAGAAGAUGAAAGAAUCUGGGCUCCGUGAAAUCAUUCCUUUGAUAUGCACCUUAACUCUAGAAUCAGUACCCUGUUUUUCUCCAUCCCGAAUCCCCUCAAGGUGAACAGUUGAGGGUUCCUGCUUUGACGUCUGACUUGAUGACUGCAACAUCCUUUGUCUACUGAUAUGGCAGGGAACAUUUUUCAUCCACGGCAUCAAGUAGAGCUGAAGGGGAGGAGCAGGAGUAGGAAGAAAAGUGGAUCUUUGAAAGCUUGCAGAGAUUGCCUGGAAGAACUGGAGGGGACUCACAACCUGGUUUCACUUCGGCAAAGCUGCCUGGGGAGGCUUCCUGGCAAGGACAACUUUCAUCAGCUCUCAUGUCAAGACCCUCCUGGUGAGGCGUGCAAAGCAGUGCCUGCUGGAGCCUGUGGAAGAUACUGCUCGAAGGGUUGGGAACCCUGCAUGAACACCUCCUGUAGGGUUUCCUUCCUUGAUCCAGACACUCGAGAGGUGCUGGAAGCACAUAUUAUAAGGUUUGGGGUAAAGCACAGGUGGACCCUACCCCUCAAGGUCCUCAAGGCCAUAAAUGUCUUUAAGUUGAAAAAGUUCCAACCCUCCACCGUUCUGCAGUUUGCCUCUUCCCCUGCAGCUACCUGUGUGUCUGGGUCCCACUCAACAGUCCAGUUUGCUGAGUUCCUGGAGAAACCUCCUCAGGCUCAUUCAGGAGAGAAGGUGAUAACAGAAGAGUCAGUUCCUACCCUGAAGAGGCCUCUCCUUGUCCCCUCAACUGUGUGUAAGGAAAUCCAGAGUGCCCUGGGAGCGAUUCCAUCUGGUGACUACCAUGGGCCCUCAAAGGCUUCUCUGACUGGACAGGAGGGCAGGCCACCUUCUCAGUCCCUCACACUCAGCCUUGUGGGCAGAACCUGGAAGAGUGAGACUGUGGAAUGGGUCAAGAGGGACAGCCUAGAGCCAGGUCCAAGUUCAGCAAUGGUCAGGAAUGAGCCAAGAGAGGAGAGUGGUGGUCAGGCCUCAGGAGACCCCUGCCAUAGGGUAACAGUGAUGGAGGUGAACUUAGGAUCCCAGUCUUUGAGAGGUGAAGAGGCCAGGGAGGCUGUGGAGGCCAAGCAGUCUCCUGCUCUUCAACCACAGUCUCGUGUUAUCUUGGAAACCAAAGUGUUGACAAAAUCCCAAACCACAAAUGUACAUAUGAGGAGUUUAGAGGUGCCAGGGGCCAGUAAAAGUUUCCUACUACCUAGAAUGUCUGUUUUCCAACAUCCAGGUGAGCCAUGCCUUAACAUGGAGGUUGCUAGUGAGUUUAACUCCAAAGUAAAGGUACAGUCAGACAACCAGCUUCAGGACUUUCCCAAACACAGGUUCCUUGCUGCAGACAACUUGGCUUCUCAGGUGCCUCAGUGCCAUCCCCAGAGAGUCCUCACCAGAGACAGGUUAGCUUCCCAGGAGCCAAGUGGCCUUAUGGAAGCCCAAAGGAGCAACCUAGGGCAGCAGGAGCCCAAAACUUCAAAACUCCAAGACUCAUGGAAGAGCCAGAGCAAGAUGAUUGCCCCUACUUACAAAAGAGAGGACUGUAGGAGGCAUAAACCAGGAGAGCAUGAAGAAAGGUUUAAAGAAUUAGGGACCUCUCAAGCUGGAAGUAUGAGCCGCCCUGCCCAGGUCAGGGGAAUAACAGACUCUAUUGGGAGCAGAUGUCUCCAGCGCAUGCCAGAGAAGAAACAUAGCCCUCCAGAAAGCCUCUUCAGAAAAAGGAUGAUGCUAUUUUUAAAGUGGAUUUUCCCCAAGAAAAAAGUCAAUGGUCGAGAUGCUCUGCAAAAAAAAAAGCCCAUAUCAGCCACUGCCCAGAGUCACGGAUCAGUCAAAAGCAGAUCAACCUUGAAGAGUGAGACUGCUGAGGGUCGGGCAGGCAUGACAGCUGUUGGACAGAUCCUAGAAGAAAAAAGAGCGAUUCAUCAUGGACUUCAUGCCACAAAGUUAAAUGGACACAAACUGGAGUUCCAAGUCCCAGUAUGUGGGCGUUUCUGCUGCCACAGGCUUACCUCCUACCCAGAGCAACGGAGAAUGAUGGGUUCUACAGCCUGCAGUCAUAAAGCCACCUCCAAGGGCCAGAGUUGUUCUAUCAGGGAAAGGGAAGUCAGACACCAACAUAGUUUGAAAAGUGUAAGGUUCGAAGAUGAGCAGCUGGGCCUAAGGUGCCUCCCAUCCUUGCCCCCCAAGAAGGGUUUGUUUCCAGUUAGUACCUGCCAGUAUGGGCCAAGGAUUCCAGGUGCCCCGGCCCGCCAUCAACACUGUCCAAGGCAUUGUCAUCUUUGGGGGGUGUCUUGCCUGGUCGACAGUAAAAUCCUUCUUUAGUCUUCCCUUUAGUAGGAAAACAUGUCUCCAAGUAAAAAUUCAGUCCAUGUAGAGAAAAUGAUUUUCUCAUUAGCACAUCCAAGAUAUUUAAUGUUCCCCAAUACAUGUAUGUAUAUAUGUAUAUAUUUUCUAAUAAAAGCAUAGUGU